AUGCUUAUGCAUUUACUUCCUAUCCAUCCUCUGUGGGAAAGAUCAGAAAAUUGGCAAGAUGCUUCUCCAACAGUAUAUAAGAGCCGUAGAUGCACUCUGAAAAAAAACAUUCUAUUUGCUACUCAAAACUACAAGAAACCUUCGAUAUUAUCGAAAACAAUGUUUAUGAAAAAUUCUAAGCAAUUUAUUUUGGUAUGUUUAAUUGGUACUCUAUUUAUGGCAGCGCAAGCUAUGAACCAACUCAAUGCACACGCAGAUCACAAAAUGAACAUGGGAAAUGACAUACAAUUGGACCUUCCGAUUAAGUACUGUAAAAUGUACUGGCGUAGCCUAGCCUUGACUUGUAUGUAUGUGCAUUCUCUCUCACAACGAUGUCAACCAACGGAAUUACGUGAUAUUCUACCGCAUCAUCAAUGUCCUCGAAACUCUUCAAUCAAUGCAAACAUAAACAGUAGCUCGUGA